AUGGCUUUCUAUGCAGCGCUGUAUUCAUUUUCUGGCUGGGACUGCAUUAAUUAUGUAACCGAAGAAAUGAAGAACGUUAAGAGAAAUCUGCCACUAUCAAUGGUAAUCUCCAUGCCAAUGGUUACAGUAAUUUAUGUCAUGACAAACAUUGCAUACUACACAGAAUUAGACGUGAACACCAUUAUGGACAGCAGUGCAGUGGCUGUGAUAUUUGCAGAAAGAGUCCUUGGAUAUGUAAAGUGGUUAAUCCCAAUAGCAGUGGCUGUAUCAUGUUGUGGUGGAUUAAAUUCUGUUGUAAUUUCAGGGUCCAGAUUGUUCUUUGUAGCAUCAAGAGAAGGACAGCUUCCUGAUUUUCUGUGCAUGAUUCAUAUCCAUAGAUACACUCCUAUCCCUGCAUUACUUUUUAAUGGGUUUAUGGCUCUUAUAUUUCUUUGUGUGGAGGACGUCUUUCAGCUUAUUGAUUAUUUCAGUUUUAGUUACUGGUUUUUCCAAGGCUUGGCAGUUGGAAGCCAAAUUUAUUUAAGGGUCAAGAGGCCAGAUAUGCCUAGACCUGUAAAACUGAGCUUGUUUUUCCCAGUGGUAUAUUGCAUAUGUAGCGUGCUUCUGGUAGCCGUCCCACUCUACAGCGAUCUUCUAGAUUCACUAGUUGGAGUUGCUGUUGUGCUUUCUGGGGCCCCUGUAUACUACCUGUGUCUUCACUUUUCUCCUGAAAAAACAACCAGCAUUUCUUCAGAAAUCCUUAGGUAA